AUGGACGCAUCUAGCAGUAAACGAAACGGACCGACCCCCUCAAAGGCGUAUAAACAAAACCAGCGCAAGAAGCUAGCGCGAUACGCCAAAAAAGCGGAGCUUGGAAAGUGUACUAACGCGACGAUAAAUGAAAAAACUGUCUCUAUCUACGAUACUAGCAACGAUAAUCGAGACGAGCGGGACAACAAAAGAGCAAAGAUUUUCUACAAUCCGGAUAAA